AUGUCAAAAAGAGUUAGUGCAUUUGGAGCUGAGGGUGAUGAUGAACCUCAAGAAAAACCAAUGAAACCUUUUAUAUCAUUUAGUAGUAAUAUCAAUAACAACAAUAAUAGUAAUAAUAAUAAUAAUAAUAAUAAUAAUAAUAAUAAUAAUAAUAAUAAUAAUAAUAAUAAAAAUAAUAUUGGAACUGGAAUUAAUUUAAAUAUUAAAAAUAAUAAUAAUAUAAAUAAUAAUAAUAAUAAAAGUGGUUUCCCAGUUAAAAAAUCAAGAUUUAAUGGAGAGGAUGAUGACGAUGAUUAUUUCUUUUCAAAUGUUCCACCUAAAUCAUCAAUGACCACAUUAAAUAAAUCUCCACCAAACUUUGAAAAUGCUAGUAGCAACAACAAUAACAACAAUAAUAAUAAUAAUCAAGAAUCUGAUAGUAAAAAUCAAAAUGAAGAUGAAGACGAUGAAAUCGAUCCAUUAGAUGCAUUCAUGGAAAAUGUCAAUGCACAAGCGGCAAUUGAUAACAGUAAAUCCAUUGAAAAAGGGCAACAGCAACAGCAAUCACUAAAAUCUAAAAGAGAUGAUAUUGAUAAUGAAGAUGAUGAAGAAAUAUUCUAUAAAUUAAGACAAAAGCAAUUGGCUAACAAAUCAUCAAAACAACAACAAGAUGAUGAUGUAGAUUAUUCAAGUUUAGACGAUGAUGAUGGAUAUUUUGAUGAUGAAGAAUCAUUAAAGAAUGGUCAAAGUAAAGGUAAAAGAAUUAUUGAACCAUUACCACCAAUUGACCAUUCAAAAGAGGAAUACAUUGAGUUUAAUAAAAUCUUUUAUGAAGAACAUCCAGAUAUUGCCAAUUUAACAGAAGAACAAGUAUUUGAAAUUAGAAAGAAUUUAGAUAUUAGAAUGACAGGUACUGAUUUAAUUAAUCCUGUCACUUCAUUUGGUCAUUAUGGUUUCGAUGAUAUUUUAUUACAAGCUAUAGCAAAACAAUCAAUUGAAACACCAACACCAAUUCAAAAACAAGCCAUCCCCAUCGCAUUGUCAGGUCGUGAUUUAAUUGCAAUUGCUAAAACCGGUUCUGGUAAAACCGCUACUUUCAUUUGGCCUUCCAUUUCACACAUUAUGGAUCAACCCUAUCUUGAAAAAGGUGAUGGUCCAAUCGCUUUAUUCUUGGCACCAACUAGAGAAUUGGCUCAUCAAAUUUAUUUAGAAACUUUAAAAUAUUCAAAAUAUUUUAAAUUAAAAACAACAGUAUUAUAUGGUGGUGUAUCAAAACAACAACAAUGUAAAGAAUUAAAAGCAGGAUGUGAAAUUAUUGUAGCAACACCUGGUAGAUUAAUAGAUAUGAUAAAAUUAAAAGCAACCAAAUUAAAUCGUGUUAGUUAUUUAGUAUUGGAUGAAGCUGAUAAAAUGUUUGAUUUCGGAUUUGGACCACAAGUGUUAUCAAUUGUUAAUCAUGUUAGACCAGAUAGACAAACAUUAUUAUUUUCUGCUACUUUCAAACCAAAUGUUGAAGAAUUUGCACGUACUAUUCUAUCAGAUCCAAUAAAGAUUUCAAUUGGUAUGAUUGGUAGUGCCAAUUCUGAUAUCACCCAAAUCGUUCAAGUUUUAAAAUCAGAUUCUGACAAAUGGAAUUGGCUAACCAAUCAACUAGCACUACUAUUGAGCCAAGGUAGUGUAUUAAUCUUUGUUAGUACCAAAGUUGCCGUGGAACAAUUGUCAAGCAAUUUAACAAAAUUUGGCUUUCAAACAUGUACAUUACAUGGUGACAAGAAUCAAAUUGAAAGAUCACAAACUAUUCAAACUUUUAAAGAGGGAAAGAUUAACAUUUUAAUUGCCACUGAUGUUGCAGCUAGAGGUUUAGAUAUUCCAUUGAUUAAGAAUGUAGUAAAUUAUGAUACAUCAAGAGACAUUGAAUCACAUACUCAUCGUAUUGGUAGAACUGGAAGAGCAGGUAAUACUGGUGUUGCUUAUACUUUAAUAACUCCAAAGGAUAUUCAUUUCUCUGUUGAUUUAAUUAAAAAUUUAGAAUCUGCAAGUCAAUUUGUGCCACCUGAAUUAAUAGAUGUUGCAAUGAAUAAUCCUCAUUUCAAAAGAGAAAGAGGAGGCGGUGGUGGUGGUUCAAAUAGAGGUAGAGGCAGAGGUGGUGGCGGUGUGGGUUAUCGUAGAAAUAGUAGAGGCGGUGGUGUAGCUUUUAAUAGUAAUAGAGAUAGCAGUAGAAGUGAUUCUCAAAAUAAAUUUAUUCCUGCACAAUCUGUCGAGGGUGGAAGGUUAUUUAAUCCAAAUAAUACAGAUAAUAGUGAAAUCAAUAAUGAAAAUGAAAAAAGUAUCAAUAAUGAAAAUAAAUUCAGUAAUAAUAAUAGUGGCUCAAGCAAUGAUAGAAACAGCAUUAACUACAGAAAUAAUAGUUUCAAUAAUAAUAGUAAUAAUACUAAUAAUAGUGGAAACAGUAACUUCAACAAUAGCAAUAGCAACAAUGGCUACAGCAAUAAUAACUAUAAUAAUAAUUAUAAAAAUAAUAGUAAUUAUAACAAUAGUAAUAAUAAUAAUAAUAGCUAUUAUAAUAAUAACAAUAGUAAUAAUAACAAUAAUAGUAAUUAUAAUAAUAGUAGUAAUAAUAACAAUAAUAAUAAUAAUAAUUAUAGGAAUGGCAAUAAUAAUAAUAAUUAUAACAACAAUAACUAUUAUAAUAAUAACAAUAGUAAUAAUAACAGUAGCAAUAAUAACAAUAGUAAUAAUAACAGUAGCAAUAAUAACUUCAACAAUAACUUUAACAAUAAUAAUAAUAAUAAUGAUAAUAGUAAUUUCAAUAGAGCUUUACCUUUUAAUGAUUUUAAUAAUAAUAAUAAUAAUAGUAAUAAUAAUAACUUUAAUUACAACAAUAACUUCAAUAAUAGUUAUAAUGCUAAUAAUAGUAACCACUACAAGAAUAACAAUAACUCCAAUAAUUUUAACCAACGUUCUCAAUACAAUAGACGAUAA